AUGUCCACCCCCUUCCAAGCAGCCCGAGCAGCCAUCGAUGAAUGUCACAAAAGAGACCCAGCCUAUGAAUCCCGCAACACCGCCUCCCCCUCUCCCACCGACUCAAAGCAAAAAGUCGACGAAUUAACCUACGCAGACCGUAUGGAACACUGGGCUUCCCACCUCAUCGAUCUCCGUCUCUCCACCCCUGAAUUCACCUCUUUCUCUUCCACCGUCUCCUCCUCCUCCGAUGUCGACUCAGUCUAUUACACAAGCGAGCUUCUCCGCCUAGCUGCACGCUGUCAACAUCUCGAACGAUUCCUUACCCCCCGUACCUCUUACCCGGAGGGCAAAGCUGGAUACCUGAAAUGGCGUCGAGACCUGUACAAGAUCCAAGCCGACCGUGCGAAACAGCUGCUCCUGAAUGCUGGCGUGGAGGGAAGCGACUGGGUGCACAAGUGGGUCAGCAAGACAGAACUCAACCCGGGAAAAGACACGGGUGAUAUGGGAACACAGCUUUUGGAAGACGCAGCGGUGUUGGUGUUCCUGCAAGAGGAGUUGGAGGUGUUUGCAGGGGAACAUGGAGAUUACAAAGAAGAAAAGUUUGUGGAUAUUAUCAAGAAGACGUGGAGAAAGUUGAGUAAUCUUGGGAAGGAGGAAGCGUUGAAGUUGACCAUGCCGAAGGGGCUGGAGCCGAUUGUGAUGAAAGCGGUUGCUGAAGUAAAUGGGAAGGAAAAGGCGGAGCAACGACAAGGAUCCAGCACCUCCAACCCCGAAUCAUCGAAAAAGAAGACCUCUUCCUCAGCCCCCAUCAUCACCUCCCUUCCCCGAACCCUCCGACCGAAAACCGCCGCUGAAGCAGAAGCCAUCCUCGCCUCCCGCGCCGCCAACCCCACCGACUCCGAUCCAGUCUUUGGCGCCCGCUUACUCACCGACCCAGCCGCAAUCUUCACCCACAACGCCUGGGAUCACGUCACCCCACCUCCCUCCCAUUACGCCCAGAUAGCCGAAACACUUGCACGACAAGCCGAAACCAAACUCUCCCUCGAGGAAGCCGAGGAGUUCCAUUCAAAACCUGCUGGAUACUGGAACGCUUUCUACAGCUCCCAUGAGAAUCGAUUUUUUAAGGAUAGGAAAUGGUUGCAUCUCGAAUUUCCCGAACUCGUCCAAGCUACUUUGGAAGGUGCGGGGGAGAAGACAGUGCUAGAGGUUGGUUGUGGAGCGGGGAAUACGGUCUUGCCGCUACUGGAGAUAAACAAGAACCCGAAACUGAGCAUUCAUGCAUGCGAUUACAGUAGUGAGGCGGUGAGCGUCGUUCGUUCUCAACCUCUUUACUCUGACCCCCCAGCCGGCGCCUAUUGUCUUUCCUCUGUAUGGGAUCUCUCGUCGCCAACGCAAUUGCCAGAAGGGUUAAAAGAAGGGAGCGUAGACAUUGUUGUUCUGAUCUUCGUUUUCUCCGCCCUACACCCCAGGGAGUGGCAACAAGCGGUACAGAACAUCCGUACUUUGCUCAAACCAGGUGGAAUGGUUCUGUUCAGAGAUUAUGGGAGGUACGAUCUACCCCAAUUAAGGUUCAAGAAGAGACGGAUGCUGCAAGAUAAUUUUUACUUGAGAGGGGAUGGCACUAGGGUAUAUUUCUUCCAGCCUGAAGAGCUGUUCGAGAUUUUUAACGCGGAACCGCAGAACACGACAACAAAGACGGCCGAGGACGGGGGAGAGGGAGAAGAGGAGGUGAAGGAGGUAGUGGAAAAGGUCGAGGUGAAAGAGGUAGAAGAGGAGAAUAAGGAUUAUGAUUUCGGUACAACACAGAUAGCUAUCGAUCGAAGGUGUAUCGUCAAUCGCAAAGAGUUGAAGACCAUGUACAGAAAUUGGGUCCAGGCUAAGUUCCAGCUGCUGAACAAGGAGGGGUAG